UUAAAAAGGACACUAAAAUGUUUUUUGCCUGAACAGGAAUUUGAAAACCUAGACUUUUUGAAACUUUAGGAAGCAUGUUACUAUAAGAUUUAAAUAUGGUUAUCAGAAAAAAAGUCUUAUUUUUUAUAAAAGCUUAGUCUAAUGAUUUGUACCGGCCAUUCCAUGGGGAAAAUGAAAUCAAUGAUAAUUUGUAGGUUUAAUUUUUUUUUUCAUCUGCAGGGUAAGAGAUUUAAAGUGUGGACAAGUGACAAAGGUGUUGGCAAAGUUAUAUUUGCUAACACAUUUGAAGAUCUGGUAGAAAAAGCAAAAUCAAAGCUUGAGAUUGAAGGACAGGUCAAAAUAGUUCUAGAUGAUAGUUGUGAAAUUGAUGAUGAUGAUGCACUGGGAGGAGUGGCAGAUAUGGCAUCAUUGUUUGUUCUGGCAGAAAAUCAAGAACUGACCUUGCCCUCUUCUUCAGGGCAAAAUUCAGAAGACCGCUUGAAAGCUAUUAUGCACUCCUUAAAAAAAAGAAAAAUUGACAGUCAGAAGAGACCAUCUCCAGCAAAUCUUAAGUUCAGCAUUGGAUGGUUCAAUUAUAGUGCUAAACUGAAACGUUAUGUAAAUGUAAGAACUCACAAAGGAGGAGGUAUACAUUCAAUUGAAGUUACAAGUCAUAGUCCUUGCAUAUACGACCAAAUAAUGGAAAAGAUGAAGGAUCUUUUUUUCCCUAAUGGGAAAAGUCCCCUAGGAAAAAUCGCCUUAUUUGAUUUUACUAUUGGAGACAAUAAGGGGACAAUUAUAACUGAAAAAGCAAAAAUUACAGACCACAGCCGUGUAAAUUUGUUGUCUAAACAAAAGGCAAUUACCAUAGACGAUGAUAGUGACAGUGACUUUGACCUGCCUGAAAUCAGUUUUAGCAGGGAUGGCGCUAAUAAUAGGAGAAAUAACUUAAUGAAAAUCCAUCUAAUUACAUAUAAGGCAGAUUAUGACUGCGUCAUAGAAAACGUGCAUUGCCUUUUCCAAUACGUCAUUCAUGAAAUUAUUGCGUCAAAAACACAAGAAACGCAGAGUAGCAGAAACACUUAUUCCAUUUCAGCCAGACGUCCUUCUUCCCAUCUCACACAAGAACAUACAGUUAAGCGACAACAGACUGUGCAAAAUAAUAGUGGAUUGGAUAUGAUAAGUAAUCGAAACACUGAACAGACAACACCUCUGCUCCAGAGUGUGUCAGUGACAAGUGGUAAUACAUAUGUAAGUGCAGGUACACCAACGGUGUCCUUCAAUAUUGACAACAACAGAUGUACAAUCUGUUACGAGAGAAACAAGGAAUCUUUCUUUAUUCCGUGUGGACAUACUGUAUGCACAGUAUGUGCAGUAACACAGCAAUCAGGAAAUUCUUCAUGCCCAUACUGUAGGGCCACCAUCCAAGGAAUCGGAAAUAUACACAAUUAACUAUGCCACCACAGCAUCUGCGAUGCGAUGGCAUAUAGCGAUUCACCUGUGUGUGUGUUCUAUAGAUUAUAAAUUAUAGUGAACUUAAAAAAUCUUGCAGAAAACCACUUGUCCAAUUUCAACCAAACUUGGCAGGAUUGAUCCUUGGGUGAAUGGCUUCCAAAAUUGUUCAUUCCAUGCAGAAAUCUGGUUGCCAUGGCAACCAAAAGGAAUGAUAAGAAUAAAUUAAAAAAAUCGUGUGAAGACCCAAAAGGCCUAGAGGUUAGAUAUUUUGCAUAAGGCAUUGUCUGGUAGACAUCUACCAUGAUUGUUCAAAUUAUAGCCCUGGGGUCAAAAUCGGCCCUGUCCCAGGGGUCAUUGAUUUUCACUAUAUGUACAUAUAGUAUAAACUUGAAAUACCUUCUUGUCUGAAGGUACAAUGCUAAGAGAUUUGGUAUAUGUAAUUAUCUAUAAGUACGCUACCAAAGUUAUACAAAUUAUGCCUCUAGUGUCAAAAUCAGCCCCACCCGGGGUCAUAGGUUUUCCUUAUAUGUUUCUAGUAAAAACUUUUAAAAAAGAUUCUUCUAGCAUUUGACAAAUGCUAAAGGUUAGAUAUUUUGCAUGAAACAUUGCGUAGAGAACCUCUACCAAUAUUUUUCAAAUUAUAGCCCUGGGGUCAAAAUUGGCCCCGCCCCGGGGGUUAUUGAUUUUCAAUAUGUAAAUAUAGUUAAAAAAAUCAAAAAAUCUUAUUGUCACAAGGCUUGGAGCUUUAAUAUUUGUUAUAUGAUAUCAUCUAUAGGUACUCUACCAAAGUUGUUAAAAUUUUCCCCUCGUGUCAAAAUUGGCCCUGCCCAGGGGCAUUGAUUCUCAUUAUGUACACAUAGUAAAACAGAAACUAUAACAAAUGUUUUCUGAAAUGGAGAAAGCUACAGCUUAGAUAUUUGACAUGAAAUGUUGUUUGGUGGACCUGUAUCAAGAUUGUUUUGAAUUAAACCCUUGGGUCAAAAUUUUGCCUUGCCCAAGGGGACAGUGACCUACUUUCUUGUCAAUGAAAUUUUGACCAUGUGCACAGUUUUAGUUGUAAAAUUGAACUUUGAUAUCAGGUGACCUAGAUUUUGAUGAUGUGACCUACUUUCUUGACCUUUGAUGUACAGCUGUGAAAUUUGAACCAUGUGCACAGAUUAAGAUGUAAAGUGAACUUUAUCAGCUGACCUAGAUUUUGACAUAGUGUCUUACUGUGUUGUCCUUUGAUGUAGUCAUGAAAUUUGAAAUUUAGACUGUGUGAAAUAUGACCUUCACCACCAAAUUCACUAGACUCCACAGCAUUGAUAUUUUCCUUCUCUGAUCUUUUUUUUUAUAACAAUAGAUUUAACCACUAAUCUGAUAAUAAGAAUUAGAUAGGUCAGGGAUCUAUGCAUUAUGACAAUCUUCAAUUGUAUAGAAACAAAAAAUCUGUUCCUAUUUAGUGUUGUAUUAAUGUGGUGGCAUAGCAUUUUUUACAAAUGCAAUCUUGUUUGUGGAAAUGAUUUAGAUUAAUACUUGGACAGACUAGAAAGACUUUAAAAAAAGGAAAGGAAAAAAUUUGUAUUUCUAAUUUUCUCAUUAUAAAUUUUUUUAAUCUGUUUAUGCUUGCUUUAAGAAAAAGCAAUUGCUUUACUGAAAUAAUUGGAUUCAGCUGGGUAGCUUUCAAAGAAUUUAAAUCUUUCUGUUCAUAUUUGUCACGCAACAUUGAAUUUUCAUGAAAGUUUUUUAUUUUUGUUUGUUUGGUAUAACUUCUUUAUGUCUUAAUGUAUCUAAUUCAAACUUCAAUUGUGUAUUUUGAUCAUCACUCAAAUUAUGUGAGAGAUUCAAUACUCGUGCUUGACUUUAAGUCUAGCAGCUUUAUAAUCCCCCACCGAAAGGGGGGGAUAUAGAAAUAGUCUCCAUCUGUCCGACAUUUUUGUCCCGAGCAUAUCUCAAAACGUAUUUGAGGUAUCAACUUGAAACUUCAUAAGUGGAUAGAUCCCAUUGAGGAGCUGUGCAGCACAUAUACAUGAUAACCUACCCUGCACUAUUUUUUCAGUUAUUGCCCUUUGUUAUUUUCAGGCGUCCGUAUUCACAUAGGUUUCAAAUCUGUAAUCACUUUCAUUACCAAAAGACCUCUUAAAAUUUAAUUAUUCUGCUCAACUACAUAUACAUUCUUCCAAUGAGCAAACACAUUUGAUGGGGGAUUGCCAUGUUAACAUGGCUCUUGUUUCAAAGAGUUAUCUCCUUUUAGCUUAAGAAUUUAAAAAAGUUAUAUUCUGGUUACACCUAGAUAGCCCUCUGUCUAAAUAAAUUUAUUGUUGCAUUUGUCGACCUAGCAUUGAUAAUAAUUUUGGACUUAAAGUCCUGAGAUUCAUACCUCAAUCUUUUGAAAUAGCACAAUUUUAUGCUUCAUAUAAAACUUCCCUGAGGCAGGGGUAACUCUGUUACAAAUUCUUGUUUCAUAGAUAGUAUGUAUUAAGUAGUUACUGUGUUAGUUUGAGAGGGUAUGAAAUAAACAUCCCUUUGUGAUGCAUUAGAUUUAACCAUUUAUAGAAGUUUUUAUGAGGUUUUUGAAGAGUAUUUUGGAAUUAACAUUUCAAAAGCCCCUUAUUGUUAAGAAAACCCUGAAAUUUUUACCAAGUUUAAACUUAUUUAUCUGAUGUGAAGUGUUAAUGAUAUUGUUUAUUUUUUCCUCAUAAGUGGGCUGGAAACAGUUGUGUUUUACGACCUUGAGGUAAAUCCAGUUAUAAUUAUAGCUAUUUAGUCAAUGUGUAUAUAGCAAGAAACAUAAUGUCAAACAGAUUUAUCAUUUUGCUGCUAUCAGUAACCUUGGGAGAGUUGAAGAUUAAUUCAGCCUUCAAAUUGAAAGUAUUUAAUGUUUUAAUUGACAUUUAUAUAGUUUUAAAUUCAGUUGUGUAUGAAUAAAUGUAUGUUUCAUUUUGUUUUGUUCCUUAUCAAGAAUUCAUCAUAAAAAAGCAGUUGUUGUGUUAUAAAAAUAUUAAAGUCUUAUUUCAGGCAAACUCAAUUUCAAGUAAAUUUUGACUUUGAUAAAAUGAUGGCUUAUUAUUCAAACAAGUUUAUAAUCUAGAAAGGCCUUUUAUUGAAUUUUUAGGUCAUCUGAAAUUGUUACCUAGAAAGAAAUUAGACCUUAAAAUAGUCUUAUUCAGAAUUAUUUAAAAUGAUAAGUUUGCAAUGUUUAUUUUUUUGUACAUGAUAAUAGCAAUGUUUAUUUUUUUGCACAUUUUUGUACAUGAUAAUAAUUAUUUUGUGACUUUGUCAUCUGGUGUAUAUUGCCUGCCUUAUGGGAGCUCCGUUUUAUUUUGUGUUGUGUUCAAGAAGCAGUGUAGUUUAAAUGACAUUUAAUUAAAUAAUCACUCCAUUUUUAUCCCCCCCCCCCGGGCAUAUAGUAAUUGAACUGUCCGUAUGAGGUUUACCUAAAAUAGCAAGUUCAUACUUCACACACUUACUUACCAACACAAUGAACAUGAUCUGGGCAAGUUACAUAACUUUGGCUUCCAUUUUUACCAAGUUAUUGCCCUUUUCAGCACUUAGAAAAUGAAUAAUUUGUUAACGUAAAACGGGAAGUUGGAAAUAUCUUAAGUUCUAUCUAUACUAAUAGCUUCAUAAUUACCACACUGACUUAUCAAUACAAAGUACAUAAUAUUGCCAAGUUAUAUAAAUACCAUCCAUUUUUCCCAGUUAUCUUCCUUUUUAUCAGUUGAAAAUAGGGCCUUGUAAGGUUAACCUAUUCGGCAAGUAAGAUUUAUCUUAAUUUCUCCUAAUAACUUCAUUUUUUUUAAUGAUAUCUUUCGUAUUUGGUAGGUGCAUACUUUAAAUGGACCUCUAUUUUUUAAUGGAGUAAGGGGUCCCUAGGUUCAAGGUCACUUUUGUGAAAAACAAAUUUAAACAUUUUUGCUUAUACAGCCUUUAUUUUUUAAGUUGAUGUCAUUCAUGUUUAAUACAAACUGCUAAGGGAGGUCCUCUUCCUUUGGAUUUAGGUAGGGGUCAUUUGGGUCAAUGUCACCAAUGUCAAAGCAAGAUUUUUUUACUUUUACAGGCAUAUUUACCUUUUUCUAUUGACAGAUUUCUCUUAUGUUUGGUAGGAAUAUAAAAACAAAAUUCUCCGAAUGGAGUUUGGUCGAGGUCACCAUUGCUUAAAAUAGAUUUUUACACUUUUGCUCAUACAGGCUUUAUAUAUUGACAGAUGCCUUUCAUAUUUGGUUGGAAGAUAAAGUGCAUGGCACUCUUUUUUCAGAUUGAGGUAGGGGUCAAGGUCUCCAGUGCUAAAAAUAGAUUUUUUCACUUUUGCCCAUAAUUAUAGCCUUUAUUUAUUGAUAGAUUUAUUUCAUCUUUGGUAGGAAGAUAACUUGCAUAGUAUUCUUCCUUCAGAUGGAGUUAGGGGUUAGUUUGGUCAAGGUCACAAGUGCUAAAUAAAGAUUUUUACACUUCUGUCCAUACAGCCUUUAUUUAUUGACAGAUGUAUUUUAUAUUUGCAAGGAAGAUAACUUACAUGAUAUUCUUCUUUUUGAUCAAAGAAAGGGUCAUUGGGUCAAGGUCAUUUGACAUGUUUAUACGUAGAUAUGAUAAAGUUGAAUAUUUUUCAACUUCAUCACACAAGUCAUAGCAAUGACUUGCCAACUUAAAUUUUUUACAAUUACAAAACGCUAUAAUGACUGUCAUGAUUUUAAGCUCAACGAUACGAAGUAUAUGGAGAGCUGUCCUACUUUCCCCGGCUUUCAGAUUAAAGUUUUAGUGAAGUAAAAUAUUUUUCACUAUAACAUUUUCUUUUCUUAAGGUAUCAACUUUAAACUUCAAAUAUAUGUUCCUUAUCACCAACUACAUCUUAUGUGACAUGCUUCAUAACUCUAGCACCAAUAUAUUAGAUUUAUCUCCCCUUGAACUUAGAAUUUUCCUUAAAAAAAAUUAUUUUACUGUUACUUAUUUAUUUUGCCCCCGCCAUAUAAUGGCAGGGGCAUCAUAGUGUUACCCUAUUCCGUCCUUCCGUCAUCAUCAGUUUCUGUUCAUUAUCUUAAUAACCGUUGCAUAUAUUGAACUCAAAUUUGACAUAUAGAUAUGUCAUGAGAAAAUACAGAUCGUGUUCGAAAUUGGUCAUGGUUUGAUGAUUUUUGGCAGAGUUAUGCCCCUUUUACUUUGAAAAUAAUAUGAAAUUUUCAGUUUCUGUUUAUUAUCUCCCCAACGGUUUCCUUAAUUCAACUCAAACUUGACAUAUGGAUAUAUCAUGAGAAAAUACAGGUCAAGUUCGAAAUUGGUAAUGGUUUGAUGAUUUUUGGCAGAGUUAUGCCCCUUUUACUUUGAAAAUAAUAUGAAAUUUUCAGUUUCCGUUCAUUAACUCCCCAAUGGUACAACACAUUCAACUCAAACUUGACAUAUGGAUACGUCAAAGGAAUUUGCAGGUCAAGUUCAAAUUUGGUCAUGGUUCGAUGAUUUUUGGCAGAGUUAUGCCCCUUUUACUUUGAAAAUAAUAUGAAAUUUUCAGUUUCCGUUCAUUAUCUCCCAAACAGUAUAAUUACACAUUCAACUCAAAUUUGACAUAUGGAUAUGUUUUUCGAAUGCUCAGGCCAAGUUCGAAUUUGGUCAUGGUUUAAUGAUUUUUGGCAGAGUUAUGCCCCUUUCACUUUGAAAAUGAUAUGAAAUUUACAGUUUCUGUUCAUUAUCAACCCAACAUUGUUACAUAUUCAACUCAAAAUUGACAUAUUGAUAUGUCAAAGGAAUGCGCAGGUCAAGUUGGAAUUUGGUCAUGGUUCGAUGAUUUUUUGGCAGAGUUACGUCCCUUUCACUUUGAAAAUGAUAUAGAUACAUCAUAGGAAGAAGCAGUUUAAGUUUGAAUUUGGUCGUGGUUCAAUGAUUUUGGACAAACGUAUCUUUCCUGAAUGUUGGAAAAAUUUUGAACUUUCAGUUUCAGCACUCAUACUUUUGUGGAAAUGUAUAUAGCCAUUAUUUUGGCUACAAAUAUGUAAUAUGCUCAAAGGUCAAGACUGAAUAAUUUCAGUGCCUUGAACAUUGUAUAAAAAUGGUUUGUGUUAACAUUGAAAAGUUUUAAGGGCUUUGAACUUAAAAUGAAAAAAAUAAUUUGUGCAAACAAAUUUGGAACUAAAUAUUAUAACAUUUGAAAUUUUGGCUGCAUGCGGGGGAAUCCAUGGCAUGAUGACACAUUUCUAGUUUAAAAAGUGAUCCACUUCAGGUUUCAAAUAUAUGUUUAUUACCAUAAACUACAUCUUAUGUGACAAGGUUCAUAACUCUAGCACCAAUAUUUUUUUAUUUAUCUCCCCUUGAACUUAGAAUUUUCCUUAAAAAAUACUAUUUUUUACUGUUUCUUCUUUAUUUCUUAAGGGAUCCACUUCAUGCAUCAAAUAUAUGUUCCUUACCAUCAAUAUGUGAUAAGGUUCAUAACUCUAGCACAAAUAUUUUCAGAUUUAUCUCCCUAUGACCUGAAAAUUUUCCUUAAAAAAUACUAUUUUUAACUGUUACUUCUUUAUUUCUUAAGGGAUCAACUUCAUACUUCAAAUAUAUGCUCCUUAUCAUGACCACAUGUUAUGUGACAAGGUACAAAACUCUAAUUCUAAUAUUGCAAUUUAUCUCCCCAUAAACUAGAUUUUCUUUACUUGAAAAAUGUUAUUUUUUACUAUAACUGCUUUAGUUUUAAAGGUAUCUUCCUCAAACUUCAAAUACUUAUUCCUUAUCAUCAAUUACAUCUUAUGUGACAACGUUUAUAACUCUUGAAACAACGUUUUCAAAUUUAUCCUUCUUUGAACUUAAAAUUUUCUAUAGGAAAUAUUAAAACUUCUUUACUUUUUAAGGUAUCUACUUCAAACUUCAAAUAUAUAUUUCUUAUCAUUACACACAUGUUGUGUGACAAGGUUUGUAACUCUAGCAUGACUAUUUCUAGAAUUAUUUCCCCUUGAACAUGGAAUUUAUGUUAACAAAUGUUUCGUAUUUUAACUAUAAAUUAAUACAUAAUUAUACAUAAUUGAUUUUUCUUUCAUAGGUUUUUCUUCCUUACUGCGUCCAGUUUUUUAUUAGUCGAGCUUCGCUGUCUCCUGUGACAGCUCUUAUUUUUCACUAUUUUCCUUCCUUCACUGAAUGAAUGGUUAAAUGUUUUUUUGAAAUAUUGUUACUGACAAGAAUCUGAGCUGGGAGCAUUUGUGUUUAACAAAUACAUUCUUGUUUUUUUUUAAUUUUUCACUUAUUUUUCACUUUUUUGUCAUUAUUUUUACCUUUACUCUUUUGAAGAAAAAAAGAGUUAUUGCUACAGUCAUUUUGUCAUUGCUAUUAUUAUCAUUUAAGACUUAAACGUUUGUCAUAUUUUUGCUUUCUCAAUGGAUCACCUUAAUACUUGAAACAACUAUCCUUUGAACAAGACCUUCAUGUUGAGUAGACUGAAGUUGACCUCACCCAUCAAUUACAAUUAUCAAGGGGUUUUGAAAAUAUUUAGCACAAUAAUGAGAUGACAGUCAUGCAAAACACCCAGACCCUGAACUUUUUUUAAGACAGAUUUCAACUAUCACUAGUUGGGUUUUCUUUACCAUCUAGAAAAAUUAUAAUGUUGGCAAUUAUUUUUCUAUUCUGUAAUGGAUAGUCUUUAAAUUUAAAUACAAGAACUACUUCAUGUAGACCAGACUGAACUUUAUGUUGACUUAUUAUAGAUUACCUGACCUUGAAGGUCAAAUGCUUUCAUAUAUUUGAUUUUUACUUUAGCUAUAACUUUGUUAUAUAUGAAUGAACUGUCUUCAUAAUUGGACAAAAAUCCUUUGGACAUGAGCUAUAAGUAGAUAAGAUUGAUUGACAUUCACUAACUUCAAUUUGUCCUUAAGACAAUAGAACACAUUACAGAACCAACAUGUUGAAUUAUUUUGAUAUGACCUUGACCCUUAAUUUACCUUGUCCAUAAAGGCCAAAUUAUCAGAAUUUGCUUGAAUUGUUAUUUAGGCCUAAAAUAAAAUAUAAUUUGUUUGCCCUCCCUUUUUUAAACAUAAAACUUGGAAGCAGAGAGUGUCAGUAAAAAAUUACAUCUUUAUAUUUGUCUUAUCUUUUUUAAUAGUAAAUAUACCAUAAUGAAUGUACAUGUAUGUUGAAUAAACUAAAAAUUUGGUUUUUAUUUUUAAACACAUGCUAAACAGUCACAAUUUGUGUUAACUCCACAUAAUUUUGAUAAAAAAACAAAAUAUUUUAUCAACUAUCUUCCCUACCCAAACUGGCAUUGGUGGUGGAAGAGUUAACAAAGAUAUUUCUAAGGCUUGCCCUUUUUAUUGACAUUAUUCAUAAUUGAACCCCCUACCCCCCACCCCACACACCAAAUAAAAGGAAACAUGACAAGACCCAAAUGUUGUAUUAUUCUGAUAUGACUUUGACCUUUAAUUGACUGUGACCAUAAGGUCAAUUUUUUGAAGUUGCUAAAACUUUCAUUACUUUAUUUAUUAAUGGAUUUGAUUUAAUACUUGGACAAAAAACAUGACAUAACUGAAAUGUUGAUGUAUUCUUAUAUGAAUUUUACCUUUAAUUGACAUUGACAGUCAAGGAGCCUUCAUUGAAACUUUCUUGAUUGUCAUAUAUUGGUUAUUUAUCUAUAGAUUUGAUUCAUUAUUGGGCAAAAGAGCACCUAUGACAAAGCUGAUGAUUCAUUCUAACGUGACCUUGACCUUUGAGUAACCUUUACCACCAAGGUCAUAUAUGAUUUUUUUUUUUUUUGGUUUUUGUAAAGGAAAAAUGUUUUUUAGGACUUGUCUUUAUUAUGAUGUGUUGAUAUCAGAAAUACAAAAGUUGAGUGAGGUCUUGCUAUAUGUUGGCUCAAUUUUGAAUUAAGAUAGUUAUGUUAGUUUAGUAACACAUGUGACUCUUAUUUUUUAGGGGAACUUGUUCUAAUUUUGUGUUAUUACUUUUGUGAUUUGCUGAAAACAUUUUGCUCAUAUGGUGCGAUUUUAGAAGACACACACACACACACACACACACCUACUCACACACACAUUUUGCAGUUAUCAAUAAUCCAAGAAUACACAGGAAUACACCCUUGUACUUAAGAAACCUAGUAUUUCAUGGUUAGUUUCCGACUAUUUUUAUGAUGUUUUAUAUGCACUGUAAUUAGUUUGUUAACUAGUAAAGUCUCGUAUGAGAAGGGUCAUAUAUAUGUCUUUAAUUAGAUUGUUUUUAUGAUUAGAUACUUGUAUACAUAUGAAAGAGGCUAGAAUAAAUAUAUCAGCACCAUC